UCUGUCAGAUCUGACCGCCGGAGGCAAACCGCGCGCCCACUCGUGCAGUCGGGUCUCGUGGAGACCUCGCACCCCAGCGCGCAGACUCCUGAGAAUUGGGGGUGUGGGAAAGACAGCCUAGGCUUACGCUUUUGUGAGCAGGCGUGAUGCUCCUCGCCUCGCCCAGUUUUUAUGAAAAUUAGCCCGAUCUUAAAGAGUAGGCAGUGAGCUCCAGUUUACACGGUGGCGGGCCUUCCCGAAUCUGAAACCCGCCGCAGUAGGCGGGUCUGGGCCCAGCCUCAAAUGGCUGAGUUAUCAACCAGAGAAGCCCAACGGGCCAGUGAACUAGGAUUACACUUGGUUCUCGAUUUCUUUCCUUGCCCAGCAGGUUGCACACUAGGGCCAGCACCAGACCAGGGCCGGAGGGAGAAUGGCAGCUUCGGGCAGCCUGCUUGGCUUGCUGGGGCAGAGCACUGUGAAGGCAGCUGCAUGCAGGCCCCACUGCCUGCACACUUCCGCUAGCUGGGCAGACAGCACCAGGGCUGCAUUCACUCGCCUGCACCGCCAGGCCUACCCACGCCUCUACCCAGUGCUGCUGGUCAAGCAAGAUGGCUCCACCAUUCACAUCCGCUACCGGGAGCCGAGGCGCAUGCUGGCAAUGCCCCUGGACCUGGACACCCUGUCCCCCGAGGAGCGCCGGGCCAGGUUCCGGAAGCGUGAGGCCCAGCUCCACAAGAAACAGGAGGAGCCAGAACUCACUGAUGACUUUGACACUGAGCGUUACAGGCGGUUUUGGACCGGGACCGAGAAGUAAUUGUGGCUUGAAGUUGCUUUAGGGACACUGUGAGGACAGAGGAGCAUCUCCUGUAAAUGACAUGUUUCUGUUGUCACCA